GUAUCCAAAGGCCACGUUGAAUUAGACUAACAAUAACAUCUCUCUCUCUAUCUGUGUCUCUCUCUCUAACCCACACAAAUAUAAUCUCUCUCUCUCUAGAGCGCGCACACACGCGGAUUCACAGAGCAAUAAAAGGAGGGUAGAGGUGUUUCAAAGGGUUUGUUCUCUGUCUAAAAUCUAAAUCGCCUCUUCCUCUUCUCUCUCUUCUUCUCUCCCAAACAAAUACUAUUACUCGGAGAGACUUUCUCUCUCUACACAUUCUACAGCUGCGUUAUCUCUUUCUCUCACCUUUCAUCCCUCUUUGCUAAAUCUCUUUCUCCUUUUUCGAUUUUUUACAGAACGAUUUGUUUUGGGCUCUCUAUCUCUUCCUCUGGUUUCAGAUCCUUGUGCAUCGAGCGAUAUUUAUUUUGUUGUUGAAAUUGGUGAAUCAAUUUCUCACUCAAACCCUAAUUUAUCUAUUUUUUUUGUCUUUCUCUCUUAUACACACUCAGUAGGCUCAUUUUUGUUGGAGGCCUGUUGUUUGUGUUUUGGGACUUUGACCUUGGGGCUGUGAGGUGUUUCGAUUGGAAAUGGUGGGAGGUGGGAGUGGUAGGCGGGAUGAGUCCCCAGUGAUACAGAGUUCUAACGUUUUUGCUGCGCUCGGUAGUUUGAAGAAGAAGAAGAAGUCGGAUAAGAGCAAAGGGAAGAAGGCUGAGAAGGAGCCUGAGAAGGAGGUUUUUUGGGCUCCCGCACCGCUUACAGUUAAGUCCUGGGCCGAUGUUGAUGAUGAGGAUGAUGACGAUUACUACGCCACCACGGCUCCGCCUGAGGCGGUCUGGAGUGCCCCCGGUUCGAAGUCCGCUAAGGAUAGUGAGGAGCAUGAGCCUGCUCUUGAGGUAAGCGACAGUGAUGAAGAAGCUCUUGAUGAAGUUGAUGAUGAUGCAGAGGAUGAACAUGAAAAUGACUCUGAAGCACCACUGCAAGCUGAACCUGUUCAGAAUCCUUCUGGAGCUCCUUUGCCUCCUAAAGAAUCAGAAAGGCAGCUUUCUAAGAAAGAACUGAAGAAAAAGGAGCUUGAAGAACUUGAAGCUGUUCUUGCAGAGUUAGGAUGCAGUACUAUAAGUGAGACUGGUGGCCAAGAUGAUGCCCAUGGUGCUGCACGAGAGAAGAAAGAAGAGAACCUCAAUGGGGAAGUGGACAAGAAGGAAAAUGCUGGGGAGAGCAAGUCUGCGAGAAAGAAGAAAAAGAAGGAUAAAUUGAAAGAGACAAGAGAAUCUCAGGACCAGCCCGACGGAUCUGACGUAGGAAAUGUUGCAGAUGAAACUGUUGAGGCUGAGAAGGCGGAAGAUUUAUCUGCUGUUGAUGUCAAGGAGAGGCUAAAGAAAGUGACGUCCAUGAAGAAGAAGAAAUCGAGCAAAGAGAUGGAUGCUGCUGCCCGAGCUGCUGCAAGUGAAGCUGCUGCCAGAAAUGCUAAGCUUGCCGCUGCAAAAAAGAAAGAGAAGAACCACUACAAUCAACAGCCAGUUCGGUAAGCUGGCCAGUUUUGUUCUUUUUCUUUCCUUUUUAUAUAUGAGCAUGUACUUUUUGUUCAUUUGUUGAACCUAAAAAUAAGCAUUUAGGAACUGGUUUUGCGAACUUGAAUGUCCACAAGAAACUUGUUUUACUUGAAAGGGAAAAAAUGAGAAAAUGUUUUUAUAUA